AUGGUCCUUUUUUAUAAUUUCUUACCUUUUUUUUUGCGCUAUUUUGGUCAUGAAUCAGACGAAACUGCCCUUCCCUCCCUCCAAAAUCCCCUUGCCCCUCCAACAGAUUCCAUCGCUACAGUCAAAGAUACUCUCCCCUUUCUUCUUCACACUAUAAACUCCCACUACCUUCCCUUGCCAUACCUUCUUCUCCCAUGGCGGCAGCGGUGGUCAGAGUUCCGUGAAUUCAAAGUCAAGAGGAGGUUUCCCCGUUUCUCUCGUCUUCUUGCUUUCUCUAUCUUUCUAUUCCCGUCUCCGGAAAUGGAUUUGACGGAAGGCGUCGGGGAGAGCAGUUCGCCGCCGAGGAGCUUCGGGAGUUUCGGCAAUUAUGAUGUCAGGAACGACGUCUUCAAUCGACUGAUUGAGAAUGGCUACGACGAGGCCGUCUCCGAACCCGACCUCUUCCGCCUUCGCCUCGAUGCGCAUUUCAAUCGCCUUCCUGCUAGUUAUGGCCUUGAUGUUAACAUGGAUAGAGUAGAGGAUAUUAUGCUGCAUCAAACACUUCUAGAAAAGGCCAAGGAUCCGGAGGAGCGUCCUGUUUACCAUGUCCGUUUCAUGGAGAACCAUGGUACACAUGCAAAUGGUAAUGAUGAGGAACAUUAUUCAGGCCCACUGACUACUUCAAGACUAGCAACAAGUGAAGAAGGCGCUCCAUCGCACAAGAGAGUCAGGGACGGAGUUGAUUUUGAACCAUGCUCUAAGCUCGGGGAUCUGAAUUUGGAGAAAACUUCCAAGGACAUGGAGGAUAGGUAUCAGUCGGAUAACCUAUCAAGAAGGCAAGAAUUAGAACAGGCUCCAGUACAUGAAGUAAUUUUUUCUACAAUCGAUAAGCCGAAGCUACUUAGUCAGCUCUCAGCACUGCUUUCUGAUAUAGGACUGAACAUCCGUGAGGCACAUGUUUUCUCGACAAUUGAUGGCUACUCUUUGGAUGUAUUUGUGGUAGAUGGAUGGCCAGUUGAGGAUACAGAUAGUUUGACUAAGGCAUUGGGAAAAGCAAUUGCUAGAAGUGAGGGUUCGUGGUCCGGUUCUUCGCAUGGUCGCUCGGUUAUAGGCAAAGAAUUAUCGAAUGAUGCAAAAUAUGGAGAUUGGGAAAUAGAUAGAAGAUUGCUGAAGAUAGGAGAAAGAAUUGCUUCUGGGUCUUGUGGGGAUUUGUUUCGCGGAGUCUACAUUGGUCAAGAUGUUGCUAUCAAGAUUCUAAGAGCUGAGCAUUUAAGUGCUUCACAAGAAGAAGAAUUCUCUCAAGAAGUGUCAAUUCUGAGGGAGGUCCAACAUAUAAAUGUUGUUCGUUUUGUUGGUGCAUCUACCAGAUCCCCGCACUUAUGCAUUGUAACAGAGUACAUGCCUGGAGGAAGUUUGUAUGAUUACUUGCACGAGAACCACAAGACAUUGAAGCUUCCUCAACUGCUCAAGUUUGCAAUAGAUGUUAGCAAAGGCAUGGAAUAUUUGCAUCAAAACAACAUAAUUCACAGGGACUUGAAGACGGCUAAUUUGUUGAUGGACACAGAUAAUAAGGUUGUUAAGGUGGCAGAUUUCGGGGUUGCCCGUUUCCAGAAUCAAGGGGGAGUAAUGACAGCGGAGACUGGUACAUACAGAUGGAUGGCCCCCGAGGUUAUAAACCACCAACCAUACGAUCAGAAAGCCGAUGUCUUCAGUUUUGCUAUUGUGCUGUGGGAGCUGGUGACUGCUAAGGUACCUUACGAGUCCAUGACACCCCUGCAAGCUGCCCUGGGAGUUAGACAGGGGCUGCGUCCAGAGCUUCCACAGAAUAUCCAUCCGAAGCUGUUAGACAUAAUGCAGAGGUGUUGGGAGAAAGAUCCGGACAAGCGGCCAUCCUUCUCUGAGAUAACUAUUGAACUGGAAAAACUUGUCCAAGAAAUCCAGUUACUUUGAGAAGCAGUUUUGUGGAGUAAAUGGUUGUAUACAAACUGACAGUUAAAAAUACCACGGCACUGAAGGAUAGUUGAGGAGAGAGAGACUACUACUACUACGAUGUUAAUUCCGGCACGUCGUCACAGUUCAACUUUCUAAUGCUAGAGCUGUAAAUGUUUCGAGGAUGGUGCACACUGCGGAUGUAACCGUUACUAUAGAUGAUGCUUAUCUACCAAGGUCUAGUGCUUUUCUAGUAUGUUGUUGCUUAACGCGAAUGCUGAACUGUAUAGGCUCUCGCCCGUUGUAGAAGUUCCGAUCUCCAAAACUGUAGAGAGAAAUUUUGUUGUUGUUGAGGUUAAGAUUUGUUUGGUUCGGUCUAAGAAUGAUGAUGAUUGAACUGUUAGGAUGGCUACUGGAUACCUGUUUGAGAUGAUUGGUUCUUUGUUUUAGAUGUCUGUUGUGAUUUGUGAAGUUCUGUAGAUUUGUUUUAAGAUGGCUAUUGGAUGUCUGAGAUGAUUGGCUCAAUGGAACCAUCGUCACAUUUUGCAC